AUGACGCGCACGGCAGCAGCAGGCAGCGGCGCGGGAGGCGCUGACGCUUCACCGCGACCGUUCUCCGACUCACUCAUGACCACCCUGGAUAUGAUCUCGCCCGCCUUCUCCGUCCUCGCACUGCCCUUGCUGAUGGCCUACAGCAAUGGAUGGAAUGCGUGGGUGCGGGCCGUCAACCGGCCGCCGGCACCGCCGUCGGUGUCGGCCUGGGACCGCGUGGUGGGCUCGCCCGUCAAGACCUGGAAGGCACGAGGGAGCUGUGAAGAGGCCUGGCGCACCAGCCGAAACUGGACGCGGUUUGGUCUUCUCAUGGCCACCGACCUGUUGGAGAUUUGCGCCGUUAACUACGCAGGCGCCCUCCUGGGCGUUAGCCUGCGCGACCCCGAAUCGGACAUCAGCCUGACGAGCGCACUGUGGGGCUUCACCGGGGCCGCCGUCAUCGGUUUCCCGCUCUCCAUCCUCGGCUGGCAGCUCCACACCGACACCUGGAGGGGCUGGGGCAGCCUGCUGCCCACCUCGGCCCUCGGGAGGCAGCACUGGCUCGCCCUGCCGGCCAAGAUCGUGGAUGUCGUGGUCUUCAACGUGGGCAUCGUUCCGCAGCCGCUGGGAUGGCUCACCAGCGACGCCGAAAACAACAGAGAAGAUCCGGCCCUCUACGACGAGGAGCGCGAAGAACGGUCCACCGCCAGAGUGAUCUUGGAUCGCGCCCGGCUAUUUGCCAUCAGCUCGGCCGCGGGCUCGGCCUGCAGCCUCGUGCUGGUGGGCCUGCAGGUGCCGGCGAUCAUCGUGUGGAACCGCAUGCUGGCCGAGCCGGGCCGCUUCGCGUCGGUGGUGGCCUGCGUGCGGCACAUCUGGGCGAGCGAGGGCCUUGCCGGCUUCUACCGCGACCUGCCCCUCUUCGCCCUCAACCUCAUCAACAUCGCAUAA